AAAGAAAAAAGACGAUAUUCAAACCCUAAUAUAGAGUAAGCUAUCUCACGCUGUUGAAGCAGCGGGAAGGCCUUACGUAAAGAGUCCCCUUUACUGAUUGGUCCUCUCUGAUGAAGCCUAUCUUAUGUGGCCCUAAGUUUUACGGAUCAAAAUUCUUCUCUGAAGAGAACUCGGAUUACCUCUUAUCCGAUGAAGAAGAAUUAUCAGAGGAGUCUUCAGAGGAGAUGUCUCUUAUGUAUAGGAUAAGUGAGCUGCCUGAUACUCUACUCUUGAGAGUAUUGUCUUUACUGCCUACUGCUAAAGAUGUUGUGGCCACAAUGGUUUUGUCGAAACGAUGGGAGUUUCUCUGGUUGUCUGUGCCAAGACUCGUAUUUGAUGAUCAAGACAUUGAGUAUGGGAAGUUCUCACGGUUCGUAGACAGGUACAUGAUUGUGAAUGACGCUCAAGAGCUCGAAACUCUUCAUUUCAAACUUAGUAGAACAUGUGCUGCUCAAGAUAUUAUUGUUUGGAUGAGAGCUGCAAACAACUUCGCUGUGCGUGAGAUGAUUAUCGAAAUCGACAGCUCUUCUUGUCCAUCUCCGAUCAUAAUUCCACCGGUUUUAUACACAGAAUGUACCAUGCUUUCGACCCUGAAGCUCAACAAGGCGAUGCUUGCCAAUUCAUCGCCACCAAUGUUUUUCCCAUCUCUCAAAACGUUGAGCCUCUUAUCCGUUAAGUACCCUAAUGAAGAAUUCGUCAGCAGUCUUUUAUCUUAUUGUCAUGUUCUUGAAAGCUUGGAAGUUGAAAAAUGUCGAGACGACAAUGUGACUGUAUUCACCGUGAGAGUGCCCUCUCUAAAGAGGUUAGUCUUGCAUACCUCAGAAAACAGAGAUAGAGAUGACUCAGAUGGGUUUGUGAUAAACGCUCCUUGUUUGGAAUACUUCAACAUUAUUGAUCAUAAGGGUGGGUUUUGUGUCAUUGAGAAUAGCAUGCCUAAUGUUGUUGAGGCGUAUGUUGACGUUACGCAUUGUCAUCCUAGGAUGAUUUUGAGCUCUAUUACUUCAGUCAAGCGCCUCUAUUUAUGUUUAUCAACCUCCAAGGUAGUUUCUUGUUUUUUUUCUUUUCAUCUGCAACUCUUGCUUCUGUUUAUUAAUUUGUCUUGUGUGCAGGACUUGUAUCCUGUUGAUACUUUCUUCCCCCGUCUUGUACACCUAACGUUAUGCACAUGUGAGACAGAGUGGUUGAAUCUACUUGUGAGCAUGCUCAGAGCUGCGCCCAACCUACCAGCUCUAAAACUUGAGCAGUACCAUGGCCUUCCAGCUCGUCACCUGCGUGCUUCCUGGAAUGAACCGAGUUCAGUUCCUUUAUGUUUGUUAUCGAGUCUUGAAACCCUCGAGUGGGUAAACUAUGAAGGAACAGAAGAAGAGAAAGAAGUGGUGGGAUUUAUCUUGAGAAACGGAGGCUGUUUGGAGAAGGUGACUAUAUCCUCCAAAUCGAAUGACUGCAACGAGAAACUUGAGAUGAUUAAGGAUUUGACGUGGUCCAUCAGACGUUCACCUACGUGUCAGCUUGCAUUCGACUAAAGCUACCACCUAACUAUUAUAUCUUUCCUUGGUUUGUUUUCGUCAUUAUCACCAUUGAUCUUAUAUGGUAUUUUCUCCAUUUCGGGUUUAUUUUAAUCUUGCACUGACCUUAUAGACUUGAGACUUUUAGAGACCUUCUGAUCAGUAACCGGGUAACGGUCUCAACAGAUUUACUUACUUCUAACAGAUUUAGUUAAAUCUGAUAGAUUUAUUUUUUCUUUGAUCACAAAUUUAGUUUUAA